AUGGCCUCUAAGGUCGGGACGCUGGUGAGAUAUUCUCUGCCUCGCUACUUGGCAAGCUUCCGAGUCUUUGUGAACUUGUUUGACGCCGAGGGCAGGGAAAGGUACUCUGCAUUCUUUGGUGCAAAUGUUCCAGACUCUGUCCUGUGUGAGCCGGGGACCGACCUGCGUGUGCUGGGGAUAGGGAGUGGGUCAGGAGACAUUGAUAGCGCCAUUUUAAAGAAGCUCCUACAGCGACACAACAGUGUGUACAACAGGGUCGUGGAACCGUCGGAAGAAAUGAUCGGGCGAUACAAGACCCUGGUGCGUGAAGACAGGAGCCUCGGUGCUGUGAAGUGUGACUGGCGCCAGCAGACAGCAGAAGAGUACUUCCAAACAAAGGGAGACACAAAGUUUCAUCUGGUCCAUGGGAUCCACGUUCUGUAUACUGUGGAAGACAUGCACGCCACCUUGCGGAACAUGUGGGAACAGGUCGCUGACGGCGGGUACAUGAUGGUCGCCAUGGAAUCAGAUAAAAGUGACCUGGGAAAGCUGUAUCACAAGAUGUGGGGUGAGUUCGGCAAGGGUGACCGUUUAAAGACACCGUUUCGUACUUCCGGUGACGUCAGACAGUGGUUUGACGCAAGUGGCGUCAGUUACGUCACUGCGGAGUUUGGGUACAACAUUGACGUCACGGAGUGUUUUAAGGAGGAGUCGGAGGCGGGGCAGUUGGUUCUCGAGUUCUUCACGUACACACCUUUUGUAUCCAAGGAGCCAGAAAUCCGGUCGACCGCGUUAGAACACAUCCGCAGCAAGUCGUCGAUGGUUGACGGUAAAAUCUGGUUCGAGUUAGCCGACGAAAUAAUGGUCGCCUUCAAAAUGGAUCCGGGAAGAAGUGACCCCGUGUAGCAGUGUAGCAUUAUACAUACAUAAAUGCAUUAUACAUACAUAAAUGAACCGCUUCUGCAUGCAUAGUCACCCAGGCAUUUGAGAUUUUGAUUUCUGGGUAUUUGAGUUGACCAGUGCACAGAAAUUGAAAGAACUAUGUAUGUAUGCAUGAUAUAAUAUGCCAUUACACGACAAUGUGACAUUUGCAGAUACUAUAUAAGGAUAGAGUUAAAAGGCAGGGACUGAG